AUGAAGCAACCACCGCGCAGAGGACCUGUGGAUUCCGAUACGAAGGACUACAGCUUAAUUGCAGCGGCUUUAAAGUCCCACCCCACACCACGAAAAAACGAGGAGAGGCAAGCAGAAGCAGAGACACAGAGCGCAGCGAGCCUAGGAACCUUGCGUGGUGAGAACAGAAAACGGAUGUCAAUUGCUGGUGUCGCUCUUGCUGCUUCUUCUGCGGCCCCUCAAAACAACCACGAGACUAUUGCAGCGGCAGCAGCAGCAGCAGCAGUAGCAGCAACCAUUUACCUCGAAGGUGUAGUGGCAAACCGAAAGAAAACGGCCACAGAAAUUCGGCGAAACCCAAAGGAAAGCGAGUGGCCUUCUCCUUGCCUCUCUAGGCAUGCAGCGGCAGCCUUUGUUGCGGCUGCCGCUGCUGCACUGGGAGUUCCCCACAAGGGCAUGGCGGCACUGCGAGCAGCCACUGCAGCAGCCCUGUGUAAUAGGUACAGCCCCCGUCUGCCGAGUGGCGACUUUCAGCCCCUGCUGGCAGUACGCGUCCUUUGA